UCUAUGUCCUGAACAUGAUGGUUUCGGCGCAGAGAAUGAUCGUGGUGGUGAUGCCUUUCAAAACAAGAACAACUUUCAGCUUUCGAUUAAACCUCAUCCUGAUCACAUCCAUCAUUUUGGUCACGUUUGGCACUCACUCGUACAUCCCACAGGCAUACUCAGUGCGCCAGAUCGGAGAAAACAAGUUUUUGGUCACGAGCAGCCAGUUUUACUUAGACAACAACACGUUGUUUCACGUUACCAGAGACGUGCUCAUGGUUUUGUUCUCAUUCUGCCCCUUGUUGGUUUCCCUGCUUUCCAACGUGUUCCUUGUAUACAGCUUGAGAAUCCAUUUUCAAAAGGCGCAGGAAAUUCGAGCAAUCCAGAGCAGAACAAAAAGUCAGGAAGGUCAAAUCACUUACAUGAUCAUUUCUUCGACGCUGGUGUUCACCCUGUUGUCUCUGCCCUCAAACACGAACCACUUGUUGGAAACAUUCCUGCCAAACUACGGCGGUCACAAAAAUGGCCGGUAUUUUUUUAAUAUCAUCAGGGAAGUCUUCUAUACACUUUUGGUGCUUGGUGACAUUACAAACUUCAUGUUCUACGCAUGCAUAAGUUCUGCGUUCAGAGGCUACCUGGUCAGCAUGAUGUCUCCAUUGAUGAACUGCCUGUGCCGCUUGUCAAAAGAGUAA